AUGAUAGUCUCUGAUGUAGCAUUAGAGGCUUUCCUCACUGACUACUUUAGGACUCAAGCAGAAAGAAAUAAUAAUCAAAUAUAUUGGAAUAAGCUAUGUGAGAUGUUUCAAGAGACCAUGAGAGCGGAUGGCCAUAAAAACAAAAGAUGCACCAGACUGACAGCAGCGUUUCUGAAUAGAACAAGGUCUUAUUACGCUCUUAUUGAGGAAGAACGGGUAAAUGACGGCUUCAAAAUCACGAUGGAUGGGGAUCAGGGCUUUCAUGCAAUGGAUAUUGAUCCGCCCCCAAGUGAGGAUGAUGAAGACCACAAUGGUGACCAAACUGACGAAGAGGAGAAUCAUGAGGAUCCUGAUGAGAACAGAUUUGGUAAUGGAGUUAUCAACGACGGAGGCCCUCAGGAAAAUGGUUUCCAUGAAGGAUCUGCAACCUCCUCUCCGCCAGGCUCUGUGGCUAGAGGUAACUCACCUAAUAGUGUGCUCUCUUUUCCUUCUUUUACUGUAUCACAUGAUGAUCGAGACAGGUUGCCUAAUUACAAUCUGCUAGAACUAACACAGGCAACCUUCUCACCUUUAAGUAACCUGAUACCUUCUGAGGAUCAACCUCAGGAAACUAAUGGUUUGGAGAAUUCUGUUGAUGUUGUUUCAUAUGUUGAACCUUCUGUGUUAGUCAAUAGUCAGAUUUCUGGUAAUUCAAAUGUACUGUCAGUGGAGGAACACAGUGUUGAUGUACCGUCUCCUGGUAUAGGGGAUUUAAACAUUAAAGAUAAGGAUAGGAAGUUCAGUGUAGAUCAAGACACAUUGUUUGAUACGGAGAAUGAAAUGGUGGCCAAAGAAGUGGAUGCAGAAAAUCUCGUAACUCCAGAGAUGGAAGAGGCAGACGCUCAAUACCAAUUGGAAGAACAAGCAGCACAGUACUUCAGUCGGCUGCUAGUAGCUGGGGAUGAAAUUAACAGCAUGGAAAAGGCCAUUAUUCUGUCUUGGCCACAGUUGAGGGAGAAGGUUGAGAAAGAGGCAAGCACAAAACAGAAGAGAGGAAGGCAAAUGCUAAUGUACCAGAAGGAGCUAAGAACCAAUGGAACUUUAGCAACAGAUCAGUCCCUGACUGUGCUAACUUAUCAGCCUCAUAGGACCCUGGAGCGACUAAAGAGAUGGAAGAGACAAAUGGCCCUGGAAAAUAUGACAGUGAGAAGUGACCUGCUGGUAGGAAAUGAGGCCAAGGACACUGAUACGAUGGCCAAAAGACCAAGGGAAGUGACAGAAGCGGAGCAGCAACAGCUGGGAAGGAAAGCUUAG